AUGGUUGGUAGAGUAGGACAUAUUGGUAAAAUUAUUUGGCUAUUAUAUGGAUUUCUUUUUAUUACUUUUUUUCUUAUAUACUCUUCAAAACCAAAAGAACUUACGAAAUUUUAUCCGCAAUUUUCAUACAAUCGUUUAUUAGCACAACCAAAAGUUUUUGAUAUUGAACGAAGUUCUGUUCCUUUAAUUGAAUUAAAUGAAUUAGAAUUCUCAAAUGAAUGUAAUGCAAUAUUUAUUGGAAAACCUGAAAGUCCAAGAGAUUUAAUAUUAUUUUCAUACCAAGAACUUCAAAGAAAAGAUAAAACUAAUGAAAAAUAUUUAAAUGAUAUUGAAAAUGAAAUGAAUUUAAUGAGAAAAGUAUUACCAAAAGUUACUGCUAAAGUUCUUGUUAUUGGAAGGAUUAAUGAAGACUUUGUUCGUAUAAUGAAUCAAUAUGAAAUAGAAAUAAUUACUACAACAAAAUAUAAUGAUACUUGGAAUGCAGAUAAUGCAAGAAAUAUAUGGGCAUAUGAAUAUCUUAAAGAUUUACCAAAUGAAUAUGAUAGAGUAUUUUUAUCAGAUAUUCAUAAUGUAGUAUUAUUAAAUGAUAUAUUUAAAACAGUUGACGGAAGUAAACUUUAUUUAAUGUUAGAAGAUCCUGGAAAAGGAUAUUAUCACUUAGACCUUAUUGAUCAUUAUUCUUGGAUAUCUAAUUUUCUUACUAAAUCUGAAGCAUUUUAUAUUGAUCAACAACAACCACCAUUUAUAAAUAAUAAACUUAUUCUUGGGUCUUAUAAUGAUAUACUAGAAUUCUUAGAAUUCUUUAGUGAAACAUUUAACUUAGAAUAUAAACAAAAAGAGAAUUAUGAUUUGGUGUUAAUAAAUGUGUUAUAUUUUAAGAAUUAUUUCCAAUAUUUCCCAAUUCAAAUAGAAAACUGUACUCAAAGAAUGUGCUCAAACCCAAGUAAAUAUUCAUUUCAGAUGAAAAAAGUAUUAUUAAAUUCUGGUUGUUCUCCAAUUCUUAUUUACAGAAGAAAUAAUGGAGGAAUUGUAUAUUGA